CUGGGAGGACUGCUAGGAGCUGCGGGCUGAGGGCUGCCCGCGGCGAUUGGAAUGCCCAGUCACGGAGGGGCAGCCUCCGCCCGCCACGCCGGUCUUCCGCUGUCCUCGCGUCGGAGCUGGAGUCCCAGCGCGCAGGCAACGACCCGAGAGCCGGGGCUCCGGAAUUCGUGGGCCGCGCAUGGACGCUCCCGGGGACCCCGAGGGCUCAAGUGCCCCAGGAGGUGAUGACCCUACAGAAAGUGCAAGAGAGGCACCCAACCGGCUUUCAAGAGAACAGAUUUUUGCACUGAUAUCAGCAGCUUCCAUUAACUUAGGCUCUAUGAUGUACUAUUCUAUCCUUGGACCCUUUUUCCCCAAGGAGGCUGAAAAGAAAGGAGCCAGCAAUACGGUUAUUGGCAUGAUCUUUGGAUGUUAUGCUUUGUUUGAAUUGCUAGCCUCUUUGUUAUUUGGAAAAUAUCUUGUACAUAUUGGAGCAAAAUUUAUGUUUGUAGCAGGAAUGUUUGUCUCAGGAGGAGUUACAGUUCUCUUUGGUGUGUUGGACCAAGUUCCAGAAGGACCAAUAUAUAUUGCUCUGUGUUUUCUAGUGAGAAUAAUAGAUGCAAUAAGCUUUGCCGCAGCAAUAACUGCAUCUUCUUCCAUCCUCACAAAGACUUUCCCAAAUAAUGUAGCUACAGUACUGGGAAGUCUUGAGAUUUUUUCUGGACUGGGACUGGUGCUAGGACCUCCUUUAGGUGGCUUCUUGUAUCAGUCCUUCGGCUAUGAGGUGCCUUUCAUUUCUCUGGGGUGCAUAAUUUUGCUGAUGGUACCACUAAACAUGUACAUUUUACCUAAUUAUGAGUCGGAUCCAAGUGAACAUUCAUUCUGGAAACUCAUCAGUUUGCCCAAGGUUGCCCUUAUAUCCUUCGUCAUCAACUCACUCAGCGCGUGUUUCGGCUUCCUUGAUCCCACCCUGUCUCUCUUUGUUUUGAAGAAAUUUAAUUUACCAGCUGGAUAUGUGGGACUGGUAUUCCUGGGUUUGGCACUGUCCUAUGCCAUUUCUUCACCACUCUUUGGUCUACUAAGUGAUAAAAUGCCACAUCUAAGGAAAUGGUUUCUGGUUUCUGGAAACUUAAUCACAGCAGGGUGCUACAUGCUAUUAGGACCUGUCCCAGUCUUGCCCAUUAAAAGUCAGCUGUGGCUCCUGGUGCUAGUAUUGGUCAUAAAUGGUGUCUCUGCCGGAAUGAGCAUAAUCCCAACUUUCCCAGAGAUUCUCAGUUGUGCCUAUGAAAAUGGAUUUGAAGAAGGGUUAAGUACGCUGGCACUCGUGUCAGGCCUCUUCGGUGCAAUGUGGUCAGUUGGCGCCUUUGUAGGACCAACACUGGGUGGAUUGCUGUACGAGAAAAUUGGUUUUGAAUGGGCAGCAGCUGUGCAAGGUCUGUGGGCUCUGACCAGUGGAUUAGUGAUGGGCUUGUUUUACCUGUUGGAGUACUCAAGGAGAAGAAGGAGAUCAAAACUUCAGAAUACCCUUGGUACAGAGGAGGAACGAAGCACUCUUUUGCCUGAUGAAAACCAGCCUUGAGAAUUUUGGAUUGACGCAAGGUUGGCAGAUGGAUGUGCCUGACCUUGAACAUGAAAGUCGGAAAGUCUGAAGGGGUUUCUUGAUUUUACGCACAGAGCUCCAUGAACACUGUCCUGGCAGUAAACGAUCUAUGGCAUCCUGGAAGUGAACACGUGUUUUUGGGUGACCCGUGAUGGGGUGCACAUUACUGUUGUCCUGCGAGGCAGGCCUGCAGAACCAGCCACAUUUGAAGCAUUAUGUAUGAAAAGAGUAGUUGAAAACCAACAAAACUUUGCCUUUUUAAGUGACAGAACUUGGGCUUGAAGAUGGUUUUGGACCCUAGGUCUCCUGUUUUCCUCUGUUUACUUUUUAUACUUGAUGCACUGAUUCUGUGCAUGUACCUUUUUGUAUUAACAAGGAAACAAAUGAUGUGCUUAAGAGAAAGAGAUAACAUGCUUACAGAUAAUAUAAAUAACUCAAUAUAUGUAGAAAAAUUACUAUGAAAUCAGUUUUUAAAAGAUAUACUUUAUCUGUG